AUGCCCUCUUUGAUAAUUGUCGACGACGUAGCUGCCGACAUUAUGUACACGGGGAAUUGGUCCCAAGGGGGCAGAUUCCCAGAGUAUCACAACACUACCCAUGGAACUGCUUCUCAGGGCGAUACCGCCACUUUUAACUUUACUGGCACCUGGAUUUCCGUCUAUGUAUCCAUGGGUGAUACAGACAUCUGGGGCAUUCCCAGCUUAGAGUUCGCCGUCGAUGGCGGCGAGCCAGAAAGUUAUACCUCGAUAAACAUUUCUGCAGGACAGUCAUGGCACUGGCAAGCGUUCUCGUCUGAUAUCCUGGACGAGCGCGAGCAUACUUUGGUGAUCAACCAUACAGACGCUGGACCAUCCACACUUUGGCUGGACUUCCUGGAAUAUCUCCCUUCAUCGUCGGCUUCGUCGCCAGCUCCUCCCUCCGAGUCGGCACCAACGGCAGCGUCCGAGCAUUUAUCCAAAGGAUCGCUUGCAGGUGUCAUUGUAGGCAGUGUAGCCGGCACGAUAAUUAUUUUAGUUUUGCUCGCGGUCUCUCCGUAUCAUUAAGCACAUCCUCGGCUUUUACUUGUACAUGUUUGUCUUACUCCACUUUUGUUCUCAUCAUGUCUC